UAGAUACAUCCGGUGCUAGCAGUCACAAUAUUGAUGUCAUAGUACACUUUCAUCAUUUCGAACCAAUAUGGCGUCACAUGAAGAUCGAUUAUCGAUUGGUGAUGGGACGCAUGGCGAUGUGUCACUGGCCAGACUGCUGAUAGCAGCUGAUUUGACGAGGUAUGAAAGUAAAAUGCGUGAAGUGCUAAAACUUCGAAAUGCUGGUGAUCUACAAUACGUUGAAGAACAAGAUCUUACUGGUAUAGGUAUGAGUCGACCCGAACAAAAACGCUUACGGAAAGAGUAUACUCGAUUAUAUCCAAGUGGAUUCAUUGGAAAGUUGAAGAGAGUGUUAGGAAGAUCGGAAAGUGCCGACAAAAGAGAAAUUGUGCCGCCGGUAAAAGAAGAGGAUGAAGAUCAGCAUGUCAUUCCGCCGGAAAAGAUAACCCUUUGCAAAGAGCUUGGCCGAGGAGAAUUCGGAUCCGUUUGGCAAGCCUCAUGGAAGGGUGGCCCAAAUGGCGCUGAAUCCAUGCAGGUAGCAGUAAAAUGCGUGGCACCGGAUAAGUUCAUUACAAGCUCAACAGCUUUUCUGCAAGAAGCGGCCAUUAUGACGCGUAUGCAUCAUGAGAAUGUUGUACGAUUAUAUGGAGUAGUGCUGGACACGAAGAGAGUGAUGAUGGUUUCCGAGCUAGCCACAUGUGGAUCCUUGCUAGAAUGCCUUCACAAGCCCGCACUUCGGGAUUCAUUCCCGGUGAAUGUUCUCUGUGACUACGCAGAACAAAUUGCCAAAGGAAUGGCUUAUCUGGAAUCGCAACGCCUCAUUCAUAGAGAUCUAGCAGCAAGGAAUGUUCUAGUUUUUGGUCCAAAGAAGGUGAAAAUCUCCGAUUUUGGCUUGUCACGGUCACUUGGAGUUGGAGAAGAUUAUUAUCGUAGUGAAUUCUCCACCUCGUUGAAGCUGCCCAUUGCUUGGUGUGCUCCAGAAUGCAUUAAUUUUUUAAAGUUCACAUCAGCAUCAGAUGUCUGGUCAUAUGGUGUGACGUUAUGGGAAAUGUUCUCAUAUGGGGACAUGCCAUGGAAUGGAAAAACCGGUGCGGAGAUCCUCGAACUGAUCGACCAGAAGAGAGAACAUUUGGAUCGACCGAUUACUUGCCCAGAAGAUAUGUAUGCAAUGAUGGAAGAGUGCUGGAGCUAUGCUCCAAAUAAAAGGCCAACUUUUGCCCAGAUUAUUACGCAAUUUCCUGAUAGGCUCCCACAAACUGUUCGAGCCGUUUGCGACUGUCGUGAUUCUGCUAGUGAUCAUCUUCAAUUCCGUAAAGACGACCUUAUUGUAGUUAUCGAUCGAACGCCCUCAAGCUAUCCAGACGGGUACUAUUGGUUUGGCUCAUUACGAAACGGGCGAACGGGGUUGUUUCGACCCACCGAUACAGUUGCUCAUCUAGGUGCAGAAAAUCCAUCAAGCAUAGAAGUGAUUUCCAGUGGAUGUGUAACGACAAAGAAUCAUAUAGAUAGGAAAGAGAAAGAAGAGAAGAAACCUACAAAGAAGGACCGCGAACGUGAGCGAGAAAAGCGAAAAGCUUUGAUUUCGGAGCCGGUAGGAGAGGUCCGGCAUACCUGUCACGUGGGGAUCGACGGAACAGCUUUUGGUCUGCUUCAGCUCGAUAAGAAAGAUUUAGCACCAAAUUCGAUGUCACCGACAGCUGGUCGAACAAACGGCGUUCGAGUAGCUCAUCAUUCGCCAUCAUUGUCGCAGGUUUCGUCUCCUGUCCCCCUUCGAGACGUUGUGGCUCGUGACGGUAUCAGUGUUCGGGAGACCAUGUCAUUGAGGGAUAUUACAGUUCCUAAGGAUUUAGUGCAGUUCCGAGAAAUGGCGUCACCACCGGUGUCACGAGCUCCCUCACAACCACCUCCGUCCACAUCACAACAAUCGUCACCACAAGUGCCUCGUGCCAUAUCACCGAGUGCUCCUCCGCUUACGGAAUCAGCCUUGAAUUCGAUAAAUCGCAGUAUGCAAGAGGAAUUAGCCGAGAUGUCCGCGAUGAUGGCAGCUCCAUAUCGUGAAGAUUCAUCAAGACAUCGGCCGUCGAUCAGUUCGCCAAUGGCUAAGCCGGUAUCAGCUGUCUAUGCUAGAAAUCCACGAGACACCACAAAUACGAGUGUUUUCAAAUCUAAUCCAAACACAGAAGAUACGAUACUUUGUGAUGAAGUUGGACAUCUGGAGAGAGAUCUGACAGAUUUCUCUUUAUCUUCACUAAAUGAUCUUGCUGACGAUACUCGGCCGUUAAUUUCUGAUACUAGGAUCACUCAGCCAAGACCUGUUAGCAGUGCCUCAUCUUCAUCUACUCCUUCACCAAAUUCUAUACGAUUGAUGACACCGGAUGAAUUACAACGAUGGCAUGACAAAGAGACCCGUGAACAUAAAAAAGCCGAUGCAAAACUGAAUGGAUCUCGCCGAAAGGAGACGUUGCCCGAGGGACCAAUCGUUGACGAAAAAUCGUUCAGUGCGCGACAGUCGAAGACGAAUCCACCAGAUUGGUCAGCAGAAGCACAAGAAGCUUACAAACUUCUUGUCGAAUGCGGUCGCGACCUCACAAACAACUCUGCCUCAACUCGCGACAGUCCCUCGAUUGACGACUUAUUUUUACAGAAACGAGUCACUGUCAUCGAAAAGAAACCGUCACCGAUGUCACCGGUUUCGGAAGCUUCCGUCACACCAACUGAUGGAGAAGUGCCGGCUGCAGCUGAGGGCGUCGAGGACAUAACGAGCUAUUCACCACAAAAACGGGUUCAUAUCAUAGAAACAAAGCUGCUUACGACGAAAUCGACAGACGAGGAACGUGCUCCACCUGGUUUGCCACCAAAGUUCGAUCAGAAACCGCCCCCAUGUAGGCCUCCAAAAACCCGAAAUAUUCCUGUCAUCAUGAAUGGUCGUUCCAUCAACUAUGAUAAUUUGAAUGGUAUUGGAGCUGGUCGGGCGCCCCCACCUGUGCCACCGAAACCGAAAACGAAUAUUGUACGGCCAACAUCGAUGUCGCCACCACCGCCAGCGACUCCUCUGUCCAUCGAAAAAGAAUCGCCCGGUUUCGCACCAUCCAUCACUCGUGGCAGCCUUUUCAAUGCUGCGAAAAAGGAGGAAGUGAUAAAGUUCUGAACACACAUCGCGCACUGCUGCUUGUACCACGCGCUCACAUCAUUCUUGUGCCAGUCGUCCUCGAUGACUUUUUCAGACACCUCUCGUCCUAUUCUCAAGUGUGUAUGUGUGAUGAUGUGUCAUUGCCGCGCUGUGCGCAGUUAUAUUGCUCCUUAGGAAGCGUCAAAUGUUGUUCAGCGGUGUGCCAACGCCGUGCCAGUGUCGCUCCGCUGCCGUGCCGACGCUGUGCCAGCGUUGUGUCGGUGCCGUGCCGCUGCGGUGCCAAAGCUGUGUCAACGCCGCGCCAUCGCCGUGCUGGCGCUAUGUGCCGGAAAGUCGAUCGAUGAUACGGCGACGCGUCUACGCUGGUUCCGUACGGCGCUAGCACGUUGCUGGAACGGCGCUGGCACGAGCAAGUCUGGACGCAGUUAGAUAUCUGUAUCACACCGCUCGUUUGAGUAGCUCUUUAUGACUUGGAAUUUCUGCAAAACUUCCCUCGCAUUUACGAUUUAUUGUUUUAUCGAUUGCAACGUUACGGUUACUAAGCUAAAUAUUAUUGCGUUUAGAGUUCAAUUACCUAUUGAUUGGCAGUUAGUGCUCAUGAUUCGUGUGAUUAUUGUGGCAUCCAUCAAUUUUUUUGCAACGAUGGUCCUACCACGAUUUCUCUUGCCUUAAUAGCUGUUUUUCAGUUGUAUGUGUGUGAUUUUUCAGUAUGUGAAAUGUUUUCGACUUCUUUUGCAAAAAAAUUAAUGAAGAAGCGGCACUUUCUCAUUUUGCCCGUCGUCUAUCACAUUGUUUUUAGCUCAUACAGUGAGUUAUAGGACUCGUUAAUCUAUUACCAACGCUCGCCUCCGUGUCACUCUGCGAUUCUCCCACUGUUUCUGCAAAACUAGCUAGAAAUUUCCCCCCCCCCCCUGUUUUUUUAGACAGCUAAGUUCCAAGUAAUCUCAGCCCUCACGUAUGCGUGUACUUGUGUAGAGUUUUCGGCCCAAAACUCCCUGUCCAAGCACCGAUCCGGUUCCCCUCUUGAAAUGUUGUAUCUUGAAUAUGUAUCCACUGUAUAUAUCCUUACUCUUGAUAAAUUGCUCUCAAAUUGUCAUAGUAAUAUAUAAUGGAUGAAGGUAUUGUGCCAUUAGAUAUAUGGAAAAUGAAGUUUGAAAGGAUUUUC